UCUUCAUGCUCAGGUGUGUCUGAUGCGGAUCCACAGCAGCUUCUUUCAGGGAAAGAGCUCCUGGGAGUGAGGAGGAGGAGGUGCAGAUCCUCGCAGCUGCAGUGCGAGCGCACACACGGACCCGCACGUUUAAUGAAGUUUCACAAAAACUACAAUUCACAUUAACAUCAGCUCUGAGUCUGUGCACGCUCGGGUUCGUUGGAUCGAACCUGUGAAGAUGUUUUCCACAGAGCAGUGUGGCUGAGAAGAGUGUGGACGGGUGCAGUCUGGAAGACACGGGUCCGGGAUGUCCGGCUCUUCAUUUCCAGAAGCCUGAGGAGGUGGAGGCUGGGCUCUGUUUCCUGUGACACCUCUGAGACGUGAAAACGGGCCUGAGGCUACAGCAUCAACAACAACCCUGAACUCCUUCACAGAAACAGGAAUUUCAUUUUUAUGGCAGAGGGAAAUUUAGCACAAGUAAACAGGUUCCCUUCUUCAUUACUGUCAGAAUGUUUCAUCCGACCAGUUCUGGAAUAAAAUGGAUGUUUUUGUAAAGAGUAUAGCUGUUGUUCUAUAUAAAGCAUUUAUGUGGGCUAAACUCAUGUUUAUAUCUGUUUAUGAAAAGAUGAUCAUUUCAGGGGAAUUCUGUAAAGCUUGUAAAUGCAGAGCAAAAUAAAAUCAAGGAAUAAAAUUCCAUAAGGAAGUUUGGAUCGUUAAGUAAUUGUUUAUUCGAGGAAUUUUGAAAGUGUCAUCUAAGAAAAGUGAGUCCAGCUGUCCCGUCAUCAUUCAUGGAGACGUUGGUCCACACAGAGCGAGCAGAGCUCGGCCUGCAGGUCUGCUGCCGGUCACGAAAGGGUUUUGUUUACAGCGUCUGCGUGACGUCAGAGUCAGCUGUGUCUCGCGCAAGCGCUGUCCGCGUGCACGCGAGUGUGUGGAUGAUUCAGCAGCAGCGGUUCGAGCUCUGAGCAUGUGCGGCACAAACAGACUGCACGCGGACAAAAGGCGUUCACGUUAGCGUCUCCACUCCGUCAGGGCGCGCGGAGGUGAUCGUCGGCAGCGCGAGAUCCGCCGAGCCCGGGAGGAGCCACCACAGGCCGGAGCUCAGCGCAGUUUACCGGGACUCUUACCGCCGCCCGGCCUCCAGCACACCGCCAGCGGCCGGAUUUUACCUCGGCACAGCCCGCUACAUCCCGGCUCACAGCCCGGUACGGCUCGGCUGUCUUCAUCCAGCCGAGCUGCUCCGAUAUUUCCGCAUUUCGGUGCCAGAUGCUCCGAGUGGUUUGCAGAUCCUCUGACUCUGUGUCUCCAUGGUGAAGUGGGCGGGGUUUGAUGUCAGCCCCUCAUCUUGUCGACCCUCCCGCCAUGCCAACCAUGGUCUCUAGGUUGCCCAAGUUUGGUUCUCGGCCCAGAUCUCAGACGGCUCCCGCCGCUACCGCCGCCAUCAGCACUAGCACUGCUGCUGCUGGCGCCGGCACCCGCCUCACCAAUGGGUUCUACCACCACCCUGGACCAUCGGGGGGCAACGGCGCCUUGACGGCGCCCCCGUCCUCGGCUAAACAGAAUGGAUUUAUCCGAGUGCCGAGUUCGAUUUCUGUGAAAUUGAAGAAAGAAAAUGGAGCGAUGGAGGACGGCGGCGGUGAUGGGGAGAGGGAGUGGAGCCGGGGGAAGGGUGGGCGGAGUCGCAGCAGCCUCCAGCAGUUUUACUCCCAGCGUGACGCCAAAAAAGCAGCCUCUGCGGGAAAGGGGCGUGGCUUUGGUCAGCCUGUGGCAUCAUCAUCAUCGCCGUCUCCACAGUCCAGCCCCAGCACGGUUCCUGCUUCCAAAAUCAGAUCCAACAAACUGAGUCCAUCAGGGCCGACCAACGGCGCCAAACACGCCCUCAACGGCGUUUCGGGGCCCAAACCGCGGCCCGGAUCCAGCAGCUCUCUGAGACAGCCUCAGAGUUUCCUGUCUCGUGCCGGCGGUUCUGGUCCUGGAUCUCGAGCUGGUUCCCCGUUCCAGAAGAAGACUCCGGCCAACCGCUCGUACUCCAGCGACAGCCUCGGCUCCGCUGUCUCCGUCCGGCUCACUGAAGAUGAUCGCUUUCGCUCACGGAGCCUCACCCAGGUCCGACGGCAGCCCUCCCCCACCCUCACCCCUUCCUCCGCCUGCUUCUCGUCCCUCCCUCAGUCCCCCUCCACCAGCAGGGCUCCACCUAAAGGCAGCCUGCUGAAACCACCUGUUAGCAGCCAGGCAGGUAGAGGCGGAGCCAGUUUUAGUUCUGCUGCUUCAGCGAGGUCGGGGGUCCCCUCCCUCCUGCCUCCGUCUGCCUUAAAGAAACCCCUCCUACCCAGCCUGGGCCCCACCUCCAGGCCCAGUGGCAUCAGCUACAAGAUGUCACGCCCGUCACUCAUCAAGCAGUCCCGCCCACUGCGUGCAACGACGGCCAAUCAGUGUGUAGGCGAUCAAGGACUGAGCAGACGGAAGGACUCUGUAGAGACGCCUUCGACGACAGAAAACAGCCCAGAAAACACUCCAGAGGCUCCGGACGCAGAGGAGCUGCCGGCGGAGCCUGCAUCCCAGGGAGAGGUGUCGAUUUUAGGGGAGACGCUGGAGGACAUGUCCCUGUCUUCCACCUCCUCUCUGGAUAGAAACGACACCAGUCAGGAGUACAUGGACGACUUUGACAACCUCGGAAAUGGAGGCGUCGGCAUCCUGCUGCUCUCCUCCAAAAAUGAGGAGGACGACUCUGGGCUCGACCAAUCGUGCGCCAGGUUUGAUGACGACAAGGUGGUCACUAACUGUGUCACCAAGGCGACCGGGCUGUGUUUUCUGGAUGAUGGUAUCGACUGGAGCAGCGUGAGACUCCCAGGUGAACGAGGAGACCAUCAGCUGACCCAAAUCUCCCGCCGGAGACGGUCCAGUCAGCCGGACUACCACGAGCAGGGCGGCUCGUCCCUGGACCUGUCCCCCUCCGACAGCUGUGGGUCCGGGGGCACCUACAUGUGGGACGAGGAGGGUCUGGAGCCCCUGGGGGGCGCCGCCACGACCGCGUCCAUCCACACCAGCAGCAACACCACCCACCACAUCGGCAGCUUCGACUCCGACCUCAACAGCAUCGACAUCCUGAACAACCUGGACUCGUGCGAUCUGGCUGAUGAUGAUCUCAUGCUGGACGCAGACUUCCCAGAAGAUGGCUCUCUGCACAGCGACGGAGACGGGCUGUCCCACAUGGCUCAGUGGAGGAGGAGGCAGCUCUGCUGGGGGACGCAGGACGUCCACAACGACAACGAAAGCCUCAGUGAUUUUCAGAGCUACAAGCUCACCGAGGAUCCUGGGAAUAAGAGGACGGACUCAAACAGGGACGGCGAGCUCGUCCUGGACCUCUGUCCUCCUACGAGCUCCACCUCCCCGUCUCCUGGUACUCCCAGUCUGGGUCUGGAUGUGGAGGAGCUGGCUGAAGACUGCUCGGCUGUCAGGUGUCAGCUGGAGUACCUGCAGAGGUUACUGCUGCAGGAGGACGACGGCGAUGACGACACUCUGACCACAGACACUCUGAGUCCCGAGGCCAACGACUCUUCGCGUAGCUCCGACUCACAGGUCCAGGCUCUCCUGCAGGAGGUGCAGCAGCUCAGAGAGGAGCUGCGGAGCCGCGACCGAACCAUCGCACAGCUCACCCAGCAGCUGACUGUUCCCACGGUGACCACCAGGUGUCGCUGCCAUGAGACGACGGCAAAGAUGGAUCAGCACACGCAGACGAGUGUGACGGAGAGAGAGAGUGUGGGCUGGACGCCAUGGAGAGAGCGCAUGCCACAGAUACUUCACUCCUCCAAUCAGGAAGACCAGGAGCCACUGACAGGUCGAGUCCCGACACCACCGCGAACUCAAGCUCCGCCUUCCACUAACAUCUGCCCCGCACAUCCCGAAACCUCUGCGAACAGACUCCGCCACCCCCCGGCUCCCAGUUCCACCCAUCCAGCGGCCCACGUAGGAGAGGAUGAUGGGAAAAAGCAGAGGAAGGUGGAGGAGACGAAGUUGGGGGAAAGGAAGAAAACCCACAGCAGGUACCUGCAGCCGCUGCAGCCCUCCAAGCUCCGCCUCUUCCCGAAGACGAGGGCGCCACGCGACCCUGACACCAACAGCACCUCUGGACUGAAUUUAAGAACGCUGGCCUUCACCUCCACCUCCACCUCCUCCCGCCUCCCCAAACCAAAGAACCACUGAAGCGUCCGACUCCUUCCUAACACGCAGCGACGCGAGCGCCGAACUUCCUGUAAAAUAAAACAAGAGCUGCAGAUUAUCGAAGCUUUAGCCGAAGCUGAAAUGGACACAGUUAAUUUAUUUAACCUUAUUUUAAGAACCUGGUGAGAAUAAAGGUUUAAGUCUGAGAACUUUGCACAGAAACUUUACAAAAACAGUCAGCGGAUCCUGAAGGAGGCGGUUUCUGCAGAGAGUGGGAGGGGCCUUCAGAUGGAGGUAUGUGAGGUUUUGGCUCUUCAUCACAGCCUUUAAGGAUCAGGGUUUUAUUUUCUUUCCAAAACGCUUCAUUUAUUUUAGCAUCAACACUAAAACUGCACCGAGAGCGACGAUUAACCAGACUGAAACGCCUCUGAACCCUGAUCGGUAUUUAAGGGCCGCCCCUCUGCUGUUGGUUUCAUAUAAAACAUCGGUCCUCUUCCCUCAGAGGCUCGCUCCCUCUCGCUGUGUGUUAGGAACCGAUUUUACAGCUCCUGAACUUCCUCCGUCUCCUCCAUCCUUCUCCAUCCUUCCCUGAAGUCCAACCACAGUGAGUCUUCGUCAGUGGAGAGGAAGGACCCCCAUCACCACCGCAGACUGCGUCCUCCUCCAACCUUCAUCUUUACAGACUCUGAUCAUCUCGAAGGUCAGAAAUGAUCUUGAUCUCGUCGCCCUGCCUGUCCGUGUGUUUUCAGUUCGGUGUUCACUUCACUGUGUUUAGUUUAGAAACCUGUUGGUUUUCAGACAAAUGAAGACUCUGAUAUGAGGCUGAAAUCUUGUCCAAAUCGCUGCUUUUGGUGUGAACACCUCCUUCCUCCUGCAUCAGCUGUGAAAGGGUGGCAGUCUUUGUUCCCAUAAAAAGAAGAACUUGGUAGAUGGAAGAACACCUGUGUGCUUGAAGAGUCCUGAGGUUGGAGGUUUUUUACCAUCUGGCAGUGAUUUGAAAAUCAGUCCAGCAGAAAUCUGGAUGGACACAAAGGUCUCAGCAUGCUUCAAGCGCUCCAGCUCUGUUCUGACUUUGGUUUAAUGCUGAAGGCACAGCGAGCUAAACCAAGGACCAGGGUCUGAAUUAAAUGGUUUGGAGAUGUUUGUUUCAGUCUACUGUGAUUGCAUGUCCCCCCAAAACCCUCCAACUAAAAUAAAAUCAGAGCUCCAGAGGUUUCACCUCAGAGGCCCAACGAGUGACUCCAGGCUUUGCUGUUUCUGCAGAGGAAGCAUUCAGCAUUCCUCUGAGCUUUUGGCUCUGCUGUGGAAACAGAAAUCACAGCGUGCAGGAGGAGGAAGGUUUCCUCCCAGGUCUAAAUAAUCCCUACUAAUCUGAUACUGGAACAAGAUGUUUUAGCUCCUCCCCUUUGGUGUGAACUAAAGAGCCACACCAAGAGAUGAAGGAGCUCUAAUUGGUUUGCUUUUUAGGAAACAGCUGAGAUGAGCUCGGCUGUAUGAUGUGAAGCGUGCUGAGGCCUUCUUGUCAUUUCAGAUACUCAGUAAACGAAUAAAAAGGCAGAAAGUUCAAAUCAUUUUAGGAUUACGGGUGAUCAGAGGAGGAGCUGGUAGCUUAAGUGUCUUUAGUUGAAGGCAAACUGACAUUUCAGCCGUCUGUCAGUCGUCCUUUCAACAUUUGGACAUUACUGCGUCUCAUAUUGUCAGACGUGCAGUCAGGAUCCGCCUGCUGAACCACGUCCACAUUCAUUCUGCUACAGGACAACGAGUCUCCCUCAGACCUGACAAAUCAAACAUAGUCUCACUUCUGUCAGCGAUUAACUGUCAGUGCUGCUCGCUUUGAUAUUAGUAACCGUAUAUGCAAUAAAAUAUGCAACAGAGUCGCAGGUUCAAACCCUAAAAGAGGACACUUUGUUGUAUUUAAAAUAUAUGCAAGACCAGCUCAGCUUAGUUCCACGUUUCACGAAGAAGAGGACGCUCGCGGUCUCUACAGUCCGGUGCCGAGAAACGAAGUAGAAACAGGUUUGGGGCGAUUACAGAAACCACGAGGCUCCGUGGCGGCUCGGUGUGAAGAACGACAGCAGACGGAGGAAACCGCCCCUGGCUCCGGCUCAUGGUGUCGCUUUAAACAUGAACUGAACACCGUCGGGUUGAUUUGAACUGACGUCGUCUUUAAGACGGAAAACAAAGUGUUCGCCGGAUUUUCAGACAUCUUUGAUUCGGUUCCCACCUGGUGUGCCACGAGUCCACGUCCGUAUAUUACCACAAACAUAUUUAGUAUUCAUAUUCACAACUUCACACAAAUCCUUUUAAAGGAUGUCCUGGUUGCAGCCAAAGCCCCGACUGACCUCGAAUCUUCCCGAACAGCAGAGUCUGACUGUGCUGGCGGCAGGUUUGCUCACAUUUGUCUGAUAAAUAUAUUUGAAUGCUUUAAAUCAUCGUUCCUCGUUCUGCUCUGAGCCGCAGCGACUUUAAACAUGAGCAGGUUUACUCAGACGUCUGCUCUUAACUUUCUGCUGCAUCACUGCUCAAGUGGAGUCGCUCGUCUCCUUUAGAUCUCGUCGUUCGUUUCCAGCGGGGAAAUCUGAGCCGCCUUAAUUCAUGCGAGCGACACGAAGCCCAGCAGGGCGCGUUCGCAGCCGAGCUUCAGCUGCUGCUGCUCUUAAAAUUCAUCAUCAAAGUCCUGAAACACACAUAGUCUGCAGAAACGCUGUGAUUGAUGUUCCUCGGCGAGCCCCUCAUCGACGGGGGGAAAUGAAAAGAGCAGAAAGCAAACAGGGAACGUCCGUUUGAAAUGAAAGAGGAAAAUAAAUUAGUGCACUCUUUUUAUUUUGUCUGGUUCAAACAAGGUUUGACAUUUUCUUUUCCAUCAUUUCCCCAAAAACACUUCUCACACAACCAGAAAAAAAUCAGCCACCUCAAGGCUCCACCUCGGCCUUCAUGUCUCCGUCUGCGCCUGUUUGUCUAAAUCCUCCAGAAGCUGAAAUAAUGGAAGUGAGCAGCUCUGAGCGAAGACUCGCCUAAAGCUGCUGAAUCUGAAACAAGCAGCCAAUCAUAGACCUCCUGUAAUCAUGGAGACUAAUCAGAAACUACAGCGGAACGAGGUGCAGCUGAAAACAAUCAUGUCCAAUCAGCGCAAAGCACGAAAGAAAACCUUCAAAGUAAAACAGGAAGUGAACUAAAGACACAGAGCAACCUUCACAUCAGUCGAGGAACCAAAAACUCUAAAAUUUGAAACAAACUCCGAAACCCGGCUUACGGAAACUCGAGACAAAAACAAGGAGCUUAAAACAGUCCCGCUUUGUCUCUGAGGCGUCCUCUGCAGUCAGAGGAGGUCGUGUCUCAGCGUCUUCAUCUGCUGCUCGUCUUCACACCGUCGUGUCUCAGGUUUAACUUUAAAGUUUGUCCCUCGUCGUUAGUCAAACAUCCAAUCAGGUUUUAUCAGCUGCCGCAGUUUAAAAGUGACUCAAACCACCCGGGGAGGGAAUACUGGGGAGAGAAAACCCUGAAACUUCUGCCCGGGUCACAAAGACAGAGUGUGAACGAUGAAGUCGUGGUCAUGUACAUUACACAGAGCGUUAGUGUGUUUGUCUCGCAGAGUUUUUAAAUCAUUAUUAAACUCGAUCACAUCUGCUUCAUCACUUAUUUGACUGCUUUCAAUAAAACUCAGCAUUUUCUUCUGUGCUUUCAAAUUAAAAGUCUUCUGUGUAGGGAGAGUAUACACUAAACAUUUUUUAGUCCUUAAAAAUAACUUGAAUAUAUUUAUUUACAUGUAAAUUUUCCAUGUAAUUUAGUUGCAUAAGUACAGUUUAAAAUGUUAAAUGACUGCUGCACGUUCAGUUUACACCAAGCACAUUUUCCUUAAUAAUUACUUAUUUAAAUCAAUGAAACUUUGACUUUUACAUAUUUCAGCUGCACUUAAAAUUGUUGCUUCAUGCUUAUUAAGAGUGAAGAAUCAUUAUUUGAGUGUAACUUUAAGUUCUCAGACCGGUUUUAUUGUGACAAACCUGUGCAGGAAGUACUUAGAUUCACUGACAGCUCAACAACAAUUAUACGAAACAAUUUCACAAUAAAAGCCAAUAAUCCUGAAUGCUUUUACUGUGAAAUGAGGGGGUACAGCAGUUUCUUUAAAACUAGCUUUGCAGUGACAAAAACACAAAAGGUAGAAACCACUGAUGAUUAGCAGAGAAGCACAUUUAAAGUGUGUUUAUCAGGAUGAACGUUACACUCGAUCCGUGAUGCUUCAGGAUUCGUAGGUUAUGUCAGCCCUGCUGUGGAAAACCUCUCUGCUGUUGUUUAUCGAAGCUGUGCACAUUAUAAAAAUAAUUAAAUUAUAAACGUGAAGGCUUUAUGUGAGCUGAGUAAAGUGCUGGGAUUGUUUUCAUGUUCACUUUGAGCUGACUCUAAUAUUUCAUAAUCGUCUGUAUUUAAACUGUAUUUAAACGAUUCAGUCGAAUGCUCUGAAUAAUGUACUCACUCUUUGUGUCUGUCUUCUACUUCCUCUCUGCUUUUAUUUUGAAAACUUGAACUUUUGUUUCCUGGUUUUGGUGCAAUAACUGACGUAUUUAUGUGAUGAAGCGUGUACUGUGGUGCAGACUGUAACGUUGUUGAAGCGCCGAGAGGAAAAAGCACUUUAAAAGAAACAAACGUCUCACCUGCUGAACUUAACUUUGUUUUUUUGUCUCAUUAACGUCGAUGCAGCGUUCAGGUCGUACCAAGUGAAAACGUAGCGCCUGUAUUCCUGUCAGCGAGGCUCUCUGCAGCUCAUUGGUUGAUAUUUAUGGUCCUCUUCUGCCAUUGGCUGAAAUUUCUCUGAUGCUGCUCAAAUAAAAUUAAUCGUCCCCA